UUACGUCGUUACGUACGCACGCACGCGCCCCCGGUCGCGUCGUCACUCCGCCGUGAUCGAUUUCCCCGCUCGUAAAGCGCGUCUCGUCCUCGCGCCGCUUUGUCCUCGGUCUCCGGGUCGCCGUCUUGACGACUUCCGAACGAUGGAGCAGUAAAUGCUUUGAAGAAGGGAGCGCCUGACCGACGGAGGCAAGCGCGCGAUGAUGUCCUCUUACUACCAUCCAGCCAAGGAGGCAGACAUGGCGGCCAUGGCGGAACCUCUCUGCUUAGAAAGAGAUGUGUGUCGGGUGAUUGAGCUGCUGGACCGGCUGCAACGCCGGGGGGAAUUGCCUCCUCCCAAAUUGCAGGCCCUUCAGAGAGUGCUGCAGAGCAAGUUUUGUGCCGCCAUUAGAGAGGUGUACGAGCAGCUGUAUGACACUCUAGACAUUGUCGGAGGACCGGAGGUGCGAGCGCAAGCGACAGCCAAGGCCACAGUGGCGGCGUUUGCAGCCAGCGAGGGCCACGCGCAUCCACGGGUGGUGGAGCUGCCCAAGACCGACGAGGGGCUGGGCUUCAAUAUCAUGGGGGGCAAAGAGCAGAACUCCCCCAUCUACAUCUCCAGAGUGAUACCCGCGGGGGUGGCCGAUCGUCAGGGGGGUCUGAAGAGAGGAGAUCAGCUGCUGUCUGUCAAUGGAGUGACUGUGGAGGGGGAACACCACGAGAAGGCCGUGGAGCUGUUGAAGGCCGCCCAGGGCUCGGUCAAGCUGGUGGUGCGCUACACCCCAAAGGUCCUGGAGGAAAUGGAAGCUCGCUUUGAGAAGAUGAGGACUGCCCGCAGGCGACAACAACACACGAGCUACACUUCUCUGGAGUCCAGAGGCUAAGGUGAGCCGACGUCUUCAUCCACGCCGGCGCCCCUCCGACCUGACUCGCGUGUCCCAGAUGGAGGCAUGAAUAUUUAAAGACGACGAGUAGCAAAC